AUGGAAUCAGCAGCGAUGAAGCCCCAGUUGAUGGACGGCUCGUUCGACGUGGACUCGUUCGACGUGGACUCGUUCGACAUCGACCAAGCCCAGGCUGUCAUCAGCAACGGCCCGUCCAAGAUUUAUGAAGAGUACCGGUUUCUGCGGAGGUCAUGCCCAUUGGUUCACACCAGUCAGUACGGCGGUUACUGGUUGAUGACUCGGUACAACGAUGUGAAACGCACGGCCAUGGACUCGGACACGUACAUCUCCUCGGUCAAAGCCGUCGUCCCCAGUGACCCGCGAGGUAUCCGACGCCCACCCCUCAACUUCGACGCGCCAGCCCACACCCCGUUCCGCACGGCCUUGGAGAGGACGUUGAAGCCGGGCCGGUUGAAGCGCCUGGCCGCGCCGCUGCAGCAUCAUGCCGAGGCCGCGCUCGCACCUUUGCUAGCGGCCGGAAAGGGCGACAUCAGCGCCCAAUUCGGAGCCAAUUUCGUGGCGAGAGUCGAGACCGAGUGGCUGAACCUGGACCCGGACAUCGCGCCCGGGUUGGCUACGACUGCGGCUGCAUGGCUCAAUGCUUGGAGGCAGCAGGACGGCGAGACUGUCACGGCGAAUUCCACCAAGAUGUACCAGAUUGCGAGGGAUCUGCUGGUGGAUAGACGCGCGAACCCUCGAGAUCCCGAAGAAGACCCAGCAUCUUCGUUGUUGCUCGAACACGAUCCCGACGGGAAGCCGCUGAACGAGGAACAUCUGGUUGGUUGCCUGCGGCAGUCGUUGGUGGUAGGAGUUGUCGCGCCUCCCAUCCUGAUCGGAUCCAUCUGCAAGCACCUGUCCGAGGACAAAGCGCUCCAGAACAGGUUGAGAGACGACGUGUCUAUGAUACCCGCCGCCCUGGAGGAGUUUCUGCGCCUGUACACGCCAUACAGAGGCUUUGCGCGCACUGCGUCCAAGGAGGUAUGUCUGCACGGCCAGACCAUACGUCCCGGCCAGCCGAUCACACUGCACUACACGGCUGCGAAUCGCGAUCCGGACGUCUUCGAGAAUCCGGAUGAGUUUGUACUGCAUCGGGAGAACAUCGCGGCACAUCUGGGGUUUGGACGUGGCAGGCAUCGCUGCGUCGGGAUGCCUCUGGCAAGGCUAGCGCUCGAGACCGCCAUACGUGUUAUUUUGCGUAGCACGAAAGACUUUGACGUCGAUGGUCCGCUGCAGUACUCGAGGAUGCCCGAGCUGGGCCUGAUAAGCUGCCCCUUGCGAUUCUCCUGA